UCUGUUCUCGCCGAGCAUGCACGCAGGUGCGAGCCGGCUGAUCCAUGGCGAAUGGUCAGGUGAUUUCGCUCCGAAGCAAGUCACAAAUCACAGAGCUCUUGCUGGAAUCAGCCCUCUUCUCUGAUGGAAGCAUGCACAGUCGAAGCAUACCGUAGCUGUUUCUCCAUAUUGCGACUUCUUGUAAGUAUUGGUACCUUUCCUCGAAAGAAUGGUGCUACACAACGCGCAAGAUCACGCGUGAGCACAAGACCGAGCUGCUAACAUAGAAACAGUCGCGCGGAUUUCAUGCACGGCGGCAUACCUCUCCUCUGAGGUUCAAACCUUUGACGUGGUGAUGAAUGGAAUGAAAGAAGAGUAGUGGCUAGGCGUCAACAAUCACCACGCCCAAUAAGUGAUGACGCAUUUGAUACCGCUGAGUCACACCCUUCUCAGAUCUCAACCAACUGAACAAUCAAGUCAAUUCGCAACCCAACCCGUUCUCCAAUCGUCACAAUCUCAAUCUAUGUACCUCACCUGAUACGCCCCCAGCACAACAAUCGGGCGACAUGGCUUUGCGUCUCGCCACCCUGCCCGUGGCCAAACACGCUGCUUCGUCCCGACGGGCUGCUUUCACUCUCUCCCGCCAUUAUCGCAGUGACGUCGUCAACCAUACUCUAGCAUCACUCAGGCUCUAUCUGGACUUUUUAUACAAGCAGGACCAGGAUGUCGCACUCCCAGAAUACAUAGCAGGACCCAAAGUAUCUACAGAUAUAGGGGACAGGAAACGCCUCUCGCUCCGCCGAGCAUCAAGCACUGUCACCCCGCAUUCGAGCAAGCCCUCGAUGCCUGCCGAGAGAAGUGGGAUCCCUUAGACGCCGGCAAGCGACGCCUCUGCCAUCUAUAACAUCAUUGAACUGGACUCGGAGCACUUUUACGAUAUCGCGGAGGCACUUCGCAUCAAAUAUGUAGGUGAGGCUCCCGAAUUGGGCAAGUUGUCCGGGGUCCACAUCUCCCAAGCCGUGAUCGGCCUUGAAAAGGAAUUCCAGCACUACCCUCGACAGAACACAUCUUCGUCCAACCUUGGCGACCAGCCGCCUACUCUGACAAUAGACUUGAGAAAACAUACCAAAGACAAUGGUUAGCAUUGGCUUCGCUGUUCUGCAUGGCGGAAAUUUGGGAGUUGAGUGCGGCGCAAUACAAUGUCAUCUCGUAUCAAGGAAAGACGGAGACUUGGCCUGAGUUUCAAAACGAAGCUCGACAGACUUUGAAAGACGCUGGGCCAUGGCUGUAUCAUUUUGAUAGAGACAGACCAAAGUCGUCAUUGGUAGAGAUAGGCAAGGACUGAUUAGUAACACCCCUACCAACGAAGAUCGACCGAGUAUGAAGAAGAAGCAGAGCGAAGGAGUCAGUAUCGAACAGUCGACGUGGAAACUGCGUCAAGUGUGGGUGUACUUUGCUGCAGUCUUCUGGCCAUGUUGAUUGUUAGCAGCUGUUAGCCCCCCACUCAUAUGCAUACCCCACUCGCCUUACCAUGCCUCAACCUAUCUCUUUUCUCGUUCAGCUUCAUGCAACGUAUGCGC